AUGGAAGGCUUGGAAGAUCUUGGCUGCUUCUACGAGGACUCUUCGCUAAGGACUUGGUCGCAAGGCCGCUCGUACUGCCAGUCCAUCGGAGGAGAUCUGGCCGUCCUUGAUGCCAGCGCCGACUUCCUCCGUGUGGUAGACUACUACGCUGCGCAGACAGCUGGUAGGGCCGAUGACUCUGAGUGGUACGGCUCCGAACCCAACGGCUCUGAUCUGUGCGUGGACCUGAGGAAUAAUUACGGGUUUCUGCUUGGUGACACAGGCUGCACUAGCACCAAAAUGUCCCUUUGCAAGGCUCCUUGA